AUGAGAAUCGCCGCCUUCAUCCCCGCCGUCUUGGCCCUCACCCUCUUCUCCGCCACCCAGGCCGCCCCUGCCCAGCAUGACACCACUGCCAUCUCGAUGCUCAAGAAGCGUGGUCCCAGCGGUAUCGAUGCCGUCAUCAACUUGUACACCAAGGUCGUCGCUGACGUCGCUGUCGAAACCUGCGACAAGAUCGAGGUCGACCUCUGCGCUGAUGUUGUCGUCGACCUUGAUGUCGAAGCCAAGGCACUCGGUAUCCUCUCCGCCAAGGUCGAUGUUCCCAAGCUCAAGAUCCAGACCAAGGACAAGGUCGAUAUUGAUGUCAAGGCCGAGGCCAAGGCUCACGUCAAGGUCGAGGCUGUUGCCCCUAUCAAGGUCAUCGUCCACGAGUCGAUCGUUGCUCUCUGCCCCCACGUCAACAACGACUGCCUCAUCAAGCAUGCCAACGCCAUCGUUGCCGACAUCAAUGCCAAGAUCGAAGUCCACGUCUCCAAGGUCUUUGUCAACCUCAAGACCCACAUUGAUGCCCAUGUUCGCCUUCGCAUCAAGGCCAUCGUUAAGGAGGUCUGCGUCAACCUCGGACUUGCUAAUGUCACCGUCCACGCUCGUGCCUGGGUUGCCUCCAACAUCGACAUCCACGUCCAGCUCUGGGUCAAGGUCUGGGUCAAGCUCUGGGCCAAGGUUAACCUUGCUGCCAAGAUCCGUGCCUUGUAA